AGAUGCCUUGUUUAUUUCCGGGUUGUUUGAGUCGCAGAGGAGGGUACCAGCUCCUCCGCGACCCCAAGAAAAGCGGAUUAAACUCAUAUAGAGAUGUCGAAAGAGGACGAAGACGAAGUGCCAGACUCUGGUGCAGUGUUCACAUUUGGAAAAAGUAAAUUCGCCGACAACAUCCCCAGUAAAUUCUGGCUUAAAAACGACGUUCCCUUGAAAGUGUCGUGUGGAGAUGAACAUACCGCUCUGAUAACCGAAAAUGGAAAACUAUUCAUGUUUGGAAGCAACAACUGGGGUCAGCUUGGUCUGGGAUCCAAAGUCACUGUCAACAAACCUACCUGUGUCAAAGCUCUCAAAAGUGAAAAAGUUUCUCUAGUAGCAUGUGGAAGGAAUCACACCCUCAUCUCAACCGCACACGGUAACGUGUAUGCCACUGGUGGGAACAAUGAAGGUCAGCUGGGACUCGGCGACUGUGAUGAGAGAACAUCAUUCCAAAGAAUCAACUUUUUUGAUUCAUGUGGUCCAGUGGCAAUGCUUGCAGCAGGCUCCAACACCUCAGCCGCUCUCACCGAGCGAGGCAAGCUCUACAUGUGGGGUGACAAUGGUGAGGGUCAGCUGGGCCUGGGGAAGGAGAGUCAAGUCUCUGUGCCACAUGAAGUGAGUGUGGGACAAUCCAUCCGCUGGGUGUCUUGUGGUUAUUACCACUCUGCUUUUGUAACAGUGGAGGGCGCUCUUUAUACAUUUGGUGAGCGUGACAGUGGAAAACUAGGUCUGGGCACUGAUCAACUGAGCGGACACAAAGUACCUCAGAUAGUGAAGGGAAUCACAGAUCCGGUGACCCAAGUAGCAUGUGGUGGUGGCCACACAGUGGCGCUCACAGAGGAUGGCAUCUACUCUUUUGGACUGGGACAGUUCGGUCAGCUCGGGCAUGGGACCUUCAUCUUUGAGUCAAGGAUGCCGAGGCAGAUCGAUCACUUCAGGAAGGGCAGAGUUCAGCAGGUGGCGUGUGGUGAGAACCAUACAGCUGUCGUCACAGAUGGUGGAUUGCUCUACACGUUUGGAGAUGGUCGACAUGGUAAACUUGGGCUGGGUGAAGAAAACUUCACCAACCAGUUCAAGCCGACUCUGUGUUCGAGAUUCCUGCAAUAUCAGAUUGCGCAAGCUGUAUGUGGUGGCUGUCACAUGGUGGUCCUGGCUUGUCCUCGGGAUCCUGACUCCUGUGUUACUCUGGAAGAUGACGAUGUGGCAGAGGACGUUUUGGAGCGUCCGUACGUUGAGCUGCUGGACGGCACAUCUAAGUCAUCCACCUUGCAGAGAAGCAUCUCUGCCCGCGUGCGUCGCAGGGAGCGAGAACGCUCUCCAGAUCAGUUUGGGCCCAUGUUCCGGUCACUCCAAAACACAGACUCUUCAUCACUGCUCCAGCCAAUUCCUUCCAGCAGGACUCGUCCCCAGCCUAAGAGCAGGAAGACACUCAAUGCCAUAACUCACUCGCUCCCCAAGGAAGACAUUGAAACUUUGACAGACAGUGAAAGUGUCAAAGACUUUGGAGAAACAAGCGACUUUCUCAACAUGACCCACGUGAUGAAGUUGGACCCUGCAGAUAAAAGCCUCUCGCUCUCACCUGUCCACAAGAAGAUGCCUGGUAAGAGCCAAAAACAGAAACAAAAUUUGGCAAAGAGGCAAGUUUCAUCAACUAGCGCCAGUGAAGCUCAGAGUAGCUCACAGAGCUCACUGAGAAAGUUGCAACGUAACAAAGAAAACGUGACAAGUCAGAAGCAGCUGAAGAAACCAGCACCUCCCAGUGUGGGAUUUGCACGAAGAACAGAGCGAAAAACAGAACUUAGCAAGAGAAUGGACCAUAAGCAGAGCAAGGAUUUUAGCAAGAUGACCCGUUCUCAAGAUGGAGCGAGGUCAUCUGAGGGGAAGCGCUUCAAAAGUAAACCAAUUGCUGUUAGCUCAGCUGUUAAACGUGUUCAAAAAGAGCAGCCACACUCCACUACAGGACCCCUGGGGAAACAUAAAGACGAUGAUCUAGAGACAUCAGAAUCUUUGAGCUCAAAGCUCAGUAUGCUAGCCGGAGGAGCGGCUGCACUCGCUGCCGGAGCAACUUUGGUUCAACAGGUGGCGUCACUGAGUCAUUUUAACUCUCCAUCAGAGAGCAGCCGAGCUCCCAUUCAUGACAGUGCAUCACAUUCCCGGUCAGCUGAACUCAACAACAAAUCUGGGCCCAGUAUAAACAUAAUUCCUGCUGCAGGCAGUUUCACCAGUGAAGAGGAGAACACUGACAAGAUGGAAAGUAAGAAGAAGACAGAGGAAGAGCAAAGGACAAGUGCAGAUGUUAGUGAGGCAGAGGACGACACAGAGGAGGGAAACCAAACACAUAAUAAUGAAUUUGGAGCUGACCAGCAGGGUGGUGAGGGUGAUGAGGAUGAGGAAGACGGGAGUGAUGAAGCCAGAAGCAGUGAGGAAGAAGACAGUGUUCAAGCACACUCAGAAAGCGAAAAGGGUGGAGAAAAGACACAGAAAAAAGGUGAACAAGAGAAGGUUGAGGAGGGAGAUGAGGAUACAGAAUCUAGUCACAUGUCUGAAAGCAGAGAGGAGGAAAGUGAGGAUGAGGAGGGCAGUGAGGAGGAAGAUGAGGAAGAGGAACAGGAGGAUAGUAGCGCAGCCGUGGAGGAGGAGGAGAAGCAGAGUAGUGCAGAUGGUGCCAGUAGUGAAGAGGCUGGAAGUGAGAGUGGGAAAGAAGAUGGGACAGAGGAGGAAGACAGUGAAGAUGAAGCUGAAGAUGAGGAGCAGGAGCAAGAAGAAAGUGAGGAGGAGGAGGAAGAAGAUCAAAAUGAAGAGGAAAUGGAGGAAGAAGAAGAGGAAGAAGAAUCUGAGGACGAGGAGGAGGAGGAAGAAGAGGACGAGGAGGAAAGUGAGGGAGAAGAAGAGGAUGAAGAUGAAGAAGAAGAAGAAGAGGAGGAGGAGGAAGAAGAAGAUGAGGCAGAUGAGGAGGAAGAGGACGGAAAUGAAGAGGACGAGGAGGAGGAGGAAGAAGAAGAAGAAGAGGAGGAGGAAGAAGAAGAAGAAGAGGAGGAGGAGGAGGAAGAGGAAGAAGAUGAGGAGGAAGAAGAAGAAGAUGAUGAGGAUAGUGAGGGGGAUGAGGAGGAGGAGGAGGAUGAAAAAAGUGAAAGUGAGGAAGAUGUCAAGAAGAAGAAGUCUGCAGUCACCCGAAGACAAAAUUUCAAAAGUUCAUCCAGGAGUAAACAACGGUCUGGUGCCAAAGGUCAGGCGGAGGAGGAGGAGUUCUGGGACGAUGUCUUACCUCAGUACCUUCACCUCAAGUGAACCACCAACCUGGUUGUUGGAAAAAGAAGCAGCAACACAUCAGUCAUGAUCGUGAGACUGACGUAUCAGACCAUCAGCCUGUGGAGGAACUCAGAAGGUCCCAUUUACUUCUCAUGUGCUCCAAAGCGUAGCUGUGACUCAGAUGGCAAAAUGUGACAUGUUAUCAUGGUGUGUGCAUUCUUCUGUGUUCUUUUCUAUUAAAGUCAAUUUCAUAUUUAUUUAUUUGUUCUUGUUGGUUUCGUAUACUCAUUUGUGUUGUCAAAAUGGAUAGAGAAUUGUGUUGCAUCAGCAAGUUUUGGGAAUCAGAUACGUGCAUAUCAUUUACGAGUUCACCGAAAAUAUCGUUGUACGUCCUUCACAAGAAUGUUAAAAUGUGCCAGCGUACAUUCCAAACCCAUCUCUUUGUUGGAUUGUUGCCAUUGCUUUGACCAUGUCUGAGCAGUGGAGCCGUUCGGUUGAUGUGAAAGAUGGGCUAUGCAGGUCUUCCUUCGGAUGGGAGUAAAAAUGAGGACAGGACUGAAGAUGACUGUGAAGAUGAGGAUGUGGACAACGAUGAGGAUGAUGAGGAUGAUGAUGAUGAUGAUGAUGAUGUAGAGGACACCAACAGCGAUGGAGA